AUGGCACCACUGACAGAGCAUCAUCACCGGAACACCACCAAGAUUUCCCACAAACCAUUCAAGUCGCGGCAUGCCACCAAGAGCCUGAUUCGAGAUUUGGCCAAAGGGAAAGUUGAGGGCACGGAGGCAAAGCCCAACAGGAAGACACCUCAUCAGCAAAUCAUGUCCAAAUUUGACAGGAAGAACCAAGCCCGCCAAAUAAGGCAGACAAAGCACCAACAAAAUGUCAAGUCCUCGAGUGUCUUUGCUGGACAGAAUGGGGCACCAAGGGUCAUCGCGGUUGUACCCUUGUGUGAAGAUAUGAAAGCAGUAGCUGCAAUACAUAAAUUAAAUCAAGCGGUGGAUGCAGAGUCCCUCUGGCCGCUGGAAGGGCAUAUGAGAGUCCGAGUGGAUCGUUUCAAGCAGAAUCUGGUAUACGUGCCGGUUGAACGAGACCUCAUGACUGCUCUUGAUGCAUGCCGGUUGGCAGACUUUGUAAUCUUCCUAUUAUCACCUACAGAGGAGCCUGGGGAGGAGGGAGAGCUACUGCUCAAAAUGAUUGAAGGCCAAGGCGUGUCAAAUGUGCUUACGGUGGUGCAGAAUCUUGACACCGUCGAACCAGCCAGAAGGCGGCCGCAAGUUGUUACCUCUUUGAAGUCCUACAUUACCCAUUUCUUCCCAAACCAGGAGAAGGUUCUGUCACUGGAUGCGGAAAGCGAGUGCUCUAAUGUUAUCCGCUCUCUGUGCACUACGACACCAAAAGGAGUCAAAUGGCGAGAAGACAGAAGCUGGAUGCUGGUGGAGAAUGUGCAAUGGCCAAGCAACCUCGUUGAAGCUAGUACUGAAGGUGAAGUAGUCGUUACGGGAGUUGUACGUGGAAAGGGACUCAAAGCCAAUAGGCUUGUACAAGUAGGCGAUUGGGGCCAUUUUCAGAUCGAGAAGAUCACAGAUGCAACACUCCCUAUAUCAAAAAAACGAAAAGCUGACGAAAUGGCGAUUGACGAGGCAAAGAACGAUGAGGUUCUUGAGGCGCCAGACGCAGAACAGGAGGACCUUGCAGAGCUUGCACCUUAUGAGGCUACUAUGAAAGAUGUCGAUGCUCUUUCGGCUUCAGAAGCGCCUACUGAGAAACGAGGAGUCCUUCUUGAUGAUCAUCAUUACUUCUCAGAUGACGAGACACAUUUGCCGGAUGCACCCAAGCGUUUACCCAAAGGCACUUCGUCUUACCAAUCGGCGUGGUUUCUAGGUGACAUGUCUGAUUCUGGCUCAGACUUUGAGGAUGCAGUAGACGAUGAAGGUGAUUUGGAUAUGGAAGCAGCAGCGUUACCUCAGGACGGGCUUGAAGGGUUCGACAAAGCCACACCCAAAGAGCCUACCGAAGCAACACCCUCUGAAUACCCCCAAUCCGAGAUGUUUCUGGAUCCGUCACCAGAUGACGAAGCUGCUCAAUUGGCAGAGUACAGAGCUCAGCGAAAGAUCGAAGCCAACGAAGAUCUCGAAUUCCCAGAUGAGAUCGAGCUUCAUCCUAAUGUGCUCGCUCGAGAACGACUUGCACGGUACAGAGGCCUGAAAAGCUUGAGAACGAGCCAUUGGGAGACGAGCGAAGACCGAGCACAUGAGCCUGAGGAGUGGAACAGAUUACUUCAAGUGCCUGACUACAAGAGAGCGAAGAAGCAAGUCGACAAUGACUCUCUAGUGGGCGGUGUACAGCCUGGCAGACGGGUUCACGUACAUUUGCGCAACGCGCCCCUCGUUCUCCAGCAAACACACAAUCCUACACGGCCGUUGGCUCUCUACUCGUUUCUGCAGCACGAGCAGAAACGAACAGUGGUCAACUACAGCGUCACACUGAGCUCUGACCAUCCUAGCCCGCUGCGAUCGAAAGACCAGUUGAUCCUGCAGUGCGGCUCUCGUCGGUUUUUCAUCAAUCCAAUGUACUCUCAAUCUGGUAAUACCCCCAACAAUGUUCACAAGUUCCUGCGCUACCUCCACCCUGGCCAGACCGCCAUCGCAUCCUUCAUCGCACCGAUCACCUGGGGUUCUGUUCCUGCGCUUUUCUUCCAACCAUCGGUUUCCAUACCUGGCACACCUCUUGGCUUGGUAGCAACGGGCACCUCGCUCCCUGCCUCCACUUCGCGUGUCAUUGCCAAGCGUGUCAUAUUGACUGGGCACCCGUACAAGAUUCACAAGAAGCUUGUCACUGUUCGGUACAUGUUCUUCAACAAAGAAGACGUACAGUGGUUCAAGGCUCUGCAGCUGUGGACGAAGCGAGGGAGGAGUGGCUUCAUCAAGGAAAGUCUCGGAACUCAUGGGUAUUUCAAGGCUACCUUCGAUGGUAAGAUCAAUCCCCAGGACGCAGUAGGUGUAAGUCUGUACAAGAGGGUAUGGCCUAGAGAGGCUAGGCCGUGGACUGAGGCGGAGACAAGCAGUGGGUCUCAAGAAGAGGAAAUGCCUCCGAACUCACAGCGCUCGUCAACCAGCACAACGACCGUACCUUCAACCGCAAAAACUUCCCCCCAGAAGCCACCCAGCACACCACCAACGCCAUUCCUGCGCUCGAGAUCAGAAGUCCGCUUCGCUGUGGACUCCGACUUCCCCGUCGACUCUGAAGGCGAAAAGCGCGUCCAGCCUCUACCACCAUCGAUCGCACAGCCCAGCCCGUCUCCAAACAACGUCCACUUCUCGCCCAACCCGAAACACUGCUACCGCGCCGUCGACACCCCACAGCCCCCCAACCCUUCAAACAUCCGCUUCGCGCCCGAUCCGAACGACUGCUACCGCCUCGCCCCGCGCCAAUUCCGGCUCCCCACCCACCCGAACGAGCGCGAGGACGGAGCGUCUAUUCCACUGAGGGGACAGUACGUCACCGUCUUGACCGAUGACCCCGACGAUGGAGAUCUGAUCGACGACCCACCGCCCGGAUUCGACGCUGAUACAGCGACCGCGAUGCGUCAGUUUGCAUGGGCGUACGUGAAGGGGUUGGGAGGGCUGGUGAUGGGUGUGGUGGAUGGGUUGGCGAGGGGGACGGGAGGAGAUGGGGCCCGGGCGACGUAUUUGACCUACGGUGCUGUCGCGUACGAGGGGCGCGGAAGGUGA